CGUGUGAUUUCUAUGAGCGUCGACAUGAGUCAAAGAGGUGAAACGAGCGAAGGAGCCCCCGGAGCAGCAGCAGACCAGCAGAAGAAGAAGAUGAAAACCAUUUACAUCGUUUACCUCAUCGCUGCUCUGGAUAUAACAUGGAUGUUUUUGCAGUUUUCUGUUACCCCUUAUUUGGCAAAGAAACUUGGCUUCGACACUUUGUGGUUUGGUUAUUUGCAAACCAUGGUGGGCAUCAUUCAGCUGCUCGGGGGUCCUAUGUUUGGAAGGUUUGCAGAUCUCUUCGGGGCACGAGUGGCUUUGUCUCUGGCCUGUGCUUCAACUAUUGUUUUCUUUCUGCUAUUGGCCAUAGCAGACCAUCCUGCCAUGCUGUUCAUCCACAAAAUCCCCACAGUCUUCAUGCAUGUCCUGCCUGCGUCUCAGAUGGUUGUUGCAGACCUUUCAGAACCUGAGAAACGCGCAGAUGCUUUAUCAAAACUAGGUCUGUGUUUUGGUGUCGGUAUGAUCGCCGGCUCCACGUUGGGCGGACAUCUUAACACACGCUACGGGGAGGCAUUUACCGCAUGUUUUGGUGCUGUGGGGAGUACCUUCAGUUUACUGUUGGUAUUAAAGUUUAUCCCAAAAACUACUAAAGCUCAAACUCCAAGAGCCAACACAGAAAGUGAGAACAAAAGAAAGUCAAUAUUCAACGUGGGAGAGAUCAUAAGACUGACGAAGUUUCCAGGUGUGACUGCAACUUUUCUUGUGAAGAUAGUCGCAGGCUUGCCGUCAGGCAUUUUUCAAGUGAUGUUUUCGAUCAUCGCGCUGGACAUCUUCAAGCUGCAACCUGAGCAGAAUGGCUAUCUGAUGGCCUACUUUGGCAUCGUCCAAAUGGUUAUUCAGGGAGGAGUGAUCGGUCGACUUACGGCGAGAUACUCCGAGAGCUCGCUGCUGCUUCUGUCCAUCGGAGUUUCUUCUUUGGUGGGACUGGCUCAGGCCUACAUGCAGAAUGUGUUCCACUUCUGCCUCACCGUCAUCCCCAUGAUGUUUUCUCUCAGUGUGUUUAAUGUGAUCACAGACAGCAUGCUCACCAAGAGCGUACCGUCCUCGGACACAGGCACAAUGCUGGGGCUGUGUUCAUCUGUUCAGUCUCUGCUUCGCACGGUUGGCCCGACUGCUGGCGGCUUCCUGUAUGUGAACUAUGGCGUUUCCUCUUUAGGCCUAAUCCAGUUUGUUGUGAAUAUUGUUGUGUUUGUUUAUCUGCUGCUGCGUCGGCCAAAGAAGUUGGCCGAGCAGAAGGAAUGAAAUCACUUAGUUUUUUGAAAAGCUCCAAAUUGUCCAAAGCCUAACAGAGGAAAUCAGUAUUUGAUUUUAGGAACAAUUAUUUCUACAAUUGCACAUACUCAGAGCACUGUGCCGCAGUCGUUUACAUGGCGCGAUAAGGCCAACAGUUUAGCAUUUUCACUGUGUUUCUGAGGCAGAAACAAACCACUAGAUGGCAGCAAAGCCCUCAUUUCACCUGAGGAGAGUUUUAUUUUCCAGGGUUGAUCAUUCUCACUCACAAUAGAGAUACAGAUUCCAGUCAUUUUGUUGAUACAUAGAUUUUAUUAUACAUCAUAAAAAGUAUCAAUUAAUGGACCAAUUAAUCAUUUUUAAUUGAAUAUAAUUAUAUAUCAGAACAAUUUUCAAUUUUUAUUGAAAGUUUAUUUUUU